AUGGAUAUUAUUGAGGAUGGCCUUUACUUAGGCAGCCGUCCACGGAAUUGCGAUUUGCCUAAGUUGCGGAAGGCAAAGAUUAAAGCAAUUCUGACAGUUGACAUGAGUCCGCUCGAAGAUGCCGUUUUUAAUAAUUAUAAGCGUCUUUACAUCAAGUUGGCUGACGACCCCUCUCAAAACAUACUAACUGUGCUUGAGGAAGCGUUGCUUUUUAUUGAGGAAAACAUACAGGAGGGCGCGGUGUUGGUGCAUUGGUAUGCCUUUUACCCGUUGCGUCACGUCUGUAGCCUCGCGGGCGUCUCCCGUAGUGCAACUGUUGUCAUCGCCUAUGUUAUGCGCAAAUACGGAAUCUCGUAUAAUGAUGCCUUUUACAGAGUAACGCGAAUGCGUUCGGUUCCAAAUUCAGGCUUUAUCAACCAACUCAAAUUGUUUGAGAGCAUGAAUUUUACAGUGGACGAGACUUCUCCACUGUAUAAGCAGUUUGCGAAUAAAGUCGGUGCUUUUCAGAUAGUUUCGCGUAGGUAUUCAUCUGGAUUAAUUUUUUAG